UCGCUGAUGACGGUGGUAAAUGGCUGGGAAGAGAAGUGUCUGCUGAAACAACAUUAUUUCGCCAGGCAGAUUUUCUAUUCAAAGGCAACAGAAUGAAGACAUAAAAGUGAAAGGAUCCAACAGCCGCUAAAGUUUACCAGAAGCUUCUGCGCUUCUUCAACGCGUCCGGCUUUGUUUUCUGGGCCUGUUGCUAACGUCGGGAAAUCCUCGGGCUGACUCGGCAAGCAAACACCGGGACAAGGGAGCAGCAGACCGAAGACUGGAGCUCCGGGCUGCUGCUUCACUGCGACCAGGUUCCUCUGACACUGAUUGGGUUUUCGCACCUCCAGAGAAACUGUAUUGUCUUCAUACUUUGUGACGGACGUGAAUAAUCGAUCCUGAAGGGUGAGUUUGACAGCAUUUAGCACUCCGGUGUUUACCAGCUAAGUCAACCAGAAGCGUCUUCUUAUAAGUAGACUACUGGUUGUAUUUGUUUUAGUCUUAAAUGAACAUAUUUGACUCCAAGCACGCUCCAGAAACUUGCUAGACAUUUUUUCGGCUCGUUGUGCUCCUGCCUACAAAGUGACGGUGGCUAGCUUGGUGGCUAAUUCAAAAAGCUGCCUAGCUUAGGUUCUCAUGCUUUGGGGUUUAUCUACAAAGUUUAUUAGCUCGCUGAGCUGUAACAUUAUGACUUUCUAUCAACGUUACCGUCUUUAGCUACAAAGACUAUGUUAUAGGUUACUUUAUUUAAAGGUAAAGCGCCUGAAGGGACGUAUCUGCGAACCACAGGCAGCUUUAUCCACAUUCCAGACAGCUACUGGAUGAAGGCUCACAGAAAAGCCUGGACAUUGAUGUCUCCUGGACUCGCAGGUUUCUCCAGUUCUGCUUGUCAUCAUCGCUCCUCCAGCUCCAUCUAACAGCUGCCUCUAAGCUCUGCUUUUGGGCUCAUUUGCUCAAGGAACUCGCUCCUCCAAGCAGGCUCAAAAUGAAUCGUUACCUCCCAGUGGCUCGCCAGCACUUCCUGGCCGCGCUCGCGAGCACCAGCGUGGUGGUGAAAACCAUCAGCGCCGUGGUGGUCCUCCUCUACCUGCUGGCCUGGGCGGUGGACACUUCCUACGCGCUGAGCGUGACCCCUGGCUACCUGUUUCCUCCCAACUUCUGGGUGUGGACGCUGGUGACCCAUGGGCUGGUGGAGCAGCAUGUGUGGGGCGUGGCGGCCAGCGUGGGGACAGUCAUGGCCUGUGGGCGCCUCCUGGAGCCCCUGUGGGGGGCCCUGGAGCUCCUGAUCUUCUUCGCGGUGGUCAACGUGUCAGCGGGACUCCUGGCUGGGCUCUCCUACCUCCUCACCUACGUGGCCACGUUUGACCUGGACUUCCUGUUUGCUGUGCGCAUCUACGGAGCCGCGGGCUUCUUGGGAGGCGUCCUGGUGGCUCUGAAGCAGACCAUGGGGGACACCACGGUACUCAGAGUCCCACAGGUGAGACUCAAAGCUGCCCCGGCGUUGGUCCUCCUCCUCCUGGCCUUGCUGCGACUGUCCGGGCUGCUCGGCAGCUGCGCCCCGCUGGCUGCGUACAGCUACGGCGCGCUGUCCGGCUGGGUCUACCUGCGCUUCUACCAGAGACACAGCCGGGGCCGCGGGGACAUGUCCGACCACUUCGCCUUCGCCAGUUUCUUCCCUGAGGCGGUCCAGCCAGUGGUGGGCCUGCUCGCCGGGCUCGUGCACGCCGCCUUGGUCAAGAUAAAAGUGUGCAGGAAAAUGGUGAAGAGAUACGACGUGGGGGCGCCAUCCGCCAUUACGAUCAGUUUGCCAGGAACGGACCCCCAGGAUGCUGAGAGGCGGAGACAACUGGCCCUGAAAGCUCUGAACGAACGCCUAAAGCGAGUGGAGGACCAGUCUGCUUGGCCCAGCAUGGAUGACGAGGAAGAAGACGACGAGGUCCGAACCGACAGCCAGCCGCUCCUCCCCGGUGGGCGCGAUGCCUCGUCCUCGGCACAGAGAACGUCCGGAGGGCCCUCGGGCACUUUGCUGUCCUCCCCAUCGUCGGCAUCACAGAGCGGCGGGACAGCGUCAGGCGGAGUGCAACACCCCGAGUCCAGCAUCAUCACCUUUGAGGAUGCAAGCUCUAGGUCAUAGCAAGUGGAACCUGUGGUGUAUGCAGAUGCACGCUCUCGUCGGUGUCACUGAGCAGUAUGCUAGUGCUUCACGCGUCCCCGGCUGGUAAUACACUCAGUAACGAUUAGAUGUCGAUAUUUCACUCUACACAACAUCUGUGAUGAGCAACACAUGAAAUUGUGCUCUCUCAAACUGUCUAAAGACUGCAAAAUGCUUUCAGUUCAGACGUGUCGGUCACAAAAGCUCAGUGACGCUGGGCAAACCUAGUUCCUGCUCUCCUUCCCACAUGCAACUGAAAAUAAAAGAAAAUCUGUAUAUUAGGGCAACAUCCCGACUUGCAGAACUACGAUCACUGCUACAUGUGUUUCACCUUUCUGAAAUAACAAAACCAUUGUGCAGAUCUCUUUUUCUAAGUCUUUUCAGAACAGACGUAUUUGUCGUUUUGCCUGCCUGCUACAAGAAAACGGUUGAUGACAAAGACGCACAGUGAAGCUAUUGCUCCUUUGUUGAGUGCAAAGUUGCUUCUAGUGACACUUGCUGGUGUGUUGGUUCCUUUUGGAUCACCAGCUUUGUAACGCAGAGUAUGAACAGCAUCUAGGUGGUACCAACCUGCUGAACGCCGACUCCGAGCUCAAAGACUUGAAGAAGUGCCAGAUGAUUCUCCAGAAACAUUUUGUUUCCCACAGAGAGAGAAAUGGACCACAUGACCUGUUUUUAUUUUUCACUGCUUUGCUCAAACAGUAGAAAAAAAAACUUUAGUUUUUCUUCUUCUGGUUCUGUUGGUCUCUAAAGGAAAUUAAAAGUUUCCUUUUAAUUUUCUUUGUUGUUUUCUUUGAUCUAACAAGACGUGUUGAGCCUGUCGCACUACUGAACGUUGUUCAAAUCUUACACAUCCUGGGAUCUGUAGCUAUUUCAUUGUCUUAUAAAGAGGUGGGCUAUUUCUUCACAUUUACUAAUAAAACAGCAGCUAAUGACGCACAAGAGAAGUGCAGAAAAUAGUUUUUUGUUUAAAUGGACAACCGUUUUAUGAGUGAUUAAUUUCAGUUCAUAUUUUAGAAUUUUUUUUUUUUUUUUUGCAAGUUUUUCACAUUAAACCCCGUGAACAUGUAGCCCCACUCCUACUGCCACGUUGAUUUGUAUCCCAUGUGUCAGAAAAUCCCCUUGCUGGAACAUUUUUUAUUUCUCAGCUCAAAAGUGUAAGGCAGUUAAUGAUUUUCCAACAUGAUGAACAACUAAAUAGUUUAAUCAAUAUCAACAUGAAGAAGUCCAUGCAGAUCUAAAGGUCAGCAAUUUGUUCAAUUUCUCGGCAGUCCUCGCUGGGGAUGUCACAUUUUAUUGUGUGGGGGAAAAUAAUCAAUUCCUUGGGGCCCUGAUGUUUCCCGUCACCUUUUGAUUAACGUCAUUAGCAGAUAGUAAAGUAGUUGAAGUGAUUACUAGGAUGUCAAAUUGGUAUUUUAUAUAUAUAUAUAUUUAAGUUUAGUCACUUCAGUUGAGCUGAGAAGAUAAAUUAGUUUUAAAGCUGGACCAUGUCUUUAUUUCCUAAUUAAUAUCCUAAUAUUCUUGUAACUGGGUGGAAAAUAAAAAGAAUCUUACCCCAAUUUGGGUGUGUCCUAUUAAGCAAAUAUUGAAUGUUAAGCAUAAUUAUGAUCUUGGUAUCUAAUACAGGUUUAGCUUUUCAUGCAGUUUUACCUCAUUGAAAAGAGGAUUUUGUCAUUGAUGACCCACUAGUUGCAAAAACGUAGAAAAAACUAUCAAAUUCAGACGGGCAAGAAGUGUAUUGAAGCAGAUGUUGGAGUGUUAGUUUGGCAGUUGUCUUGUGUUGCUCCAGUUUCUGUCCCUGAACAGAUUUACCACAAUUUUGCUUUCAAAUAUAAUACACACACACAAAAAAUAGUCAAAUUCUGACUUAAAGUGUAUAUAGGUUUAGCAGAGGGACAAUAUACUGAUGCAGAAAACAUCUGAAUGGCUGCAAACAAAAAGAAAAAAAAGUUUCAAAGUUGCCUGAUGUCAAGAAAAUGUUCCAAUGUGGCUGAAAUGAAAUAAUUCUACAAAGAGAAGUGGACCAAAUUUUCUCUUGUGAAUUAUCACAAAUCCUUAAUCAAACCAGGAUGACACAACUAGCUAUUAGGUUUUACAUUUUCAGCAUAGAGCCUCGUUGGUUUGGAUAGGCUUUUUUUUCCCCCCCGAAUGAAUAAAAUCCUCUUUUUAAAAACCGUUUAGUUGACGCCAGGUGUCGAAAAUGAAAAUGCUUUUUAAAGUCCAAAACUUGCAAAUGUGACAAGAAAGUAAAAGCAGAAGAAAUCAAUUCUGGGAGAAGUACUUUUACAGCUUUGUACAAACCAGAAAUGAACAAGAGCCUGCUGGUAGAAAGUCUAGAAAAGCAAACUUUGCCUGGAAUGUCCUGAAUCUAACCUCAGGGUGAGGGUAUACAUUUGAUCAUGUGUCAAAAUGAUUAUUAGUGCCCAAUAUUUAUGUUAAAAAUGCUAAAUUUGUUACAUACCAGCAUAUACCGAUUUUAUACAUUUUACAUACAAAUAAACCCAGUGUCAUAGUUUCAAAUUUAUCUGCCAGCUCACUUCUGCUUGUAUGUUGUAAUGGAAAAACAGCAGAAGAGUGAAACAUGUUGUCACUGCUUAUGAAAUAACUGAUAGGGGUUUUUAGACUGAGUCUAGUUAGCUUGGUUUCACCCAGUCCUUGUUCUGUUUCAGAUUUUAUUGAGAAGACAAAAAUACCCGUUUUGCUGCAAAUAGAAAAUUGAUUACCAACAUAAAAAACAAAAUAAUACUGGACAUCGGAUCGUUUAACAUAAUACUACAUAUGAGUUAUAGUGGAUAAAGUGCCUAUUGCUCUCAAUUAUAAAGACUCGUCUGGAUGUGUAAAUUAUAACUUGUCAAAACUUCCAGGCACCAUUCAAAUUUUUUUUUUCUUGGCUAAAACUCUAGCAGAUGAUAUUAGCCUUCAUGACUCAAUUGUCAUUUCCUCCACCCAAAAUUGUCAUUAUUUUCUUUCAUUACUUUCAUUUCCUACAUGGUUUGGAGAAGUGUCAUUUUUCUUUUCUGUCUCUGUGUACGCUUCACCAGAAAUUACUCUUUUCUAAAAAACAAAACAAAAAAACAGCCUCCUUUUCUCUCUCUAUGCUGUGCAAAGAUACUUGUGUUUCGGUUUUUGAAAACAUUAUCUCACAAUUAAAUAAAAUAUGAUUGUAAGAAGUUUCA